CACGCGUCCCGGCGUUGAACGCGUCCCACGUGACUCACUGAACGCGACCAUCACUCAUCAUCCGAAUUAUCCCAGGUUGCGUGUAAACAGACUCACCAUGGCUGCUGCAGCAACUUUGAUACAGCAUCGACAGCUUUCCUCACCGUCUGCAUCGUCUGAAAUUUGAGAAUGUCACGCACAUACACAGCGUUCUUCUACGGCACACUCCUCCACCCAGCGAUCCUUUGCCGCGUUAUCGGCCAUAAAGGCCAAAAGUUGGAGAUAUGUCCUGCUCUGCUGAUAGACUACACGCGUCACCAAAUCAAGCACGCAGACUACCCAGCUGUACUGCCAUACAGCCGAUCUCGCGCCCUCUACGAGCACGACUUGGCUUCGGAAGAACGGGUAGUCCGGGGCACGCUCGUCAAGGGCCUCGAACAACCCGACAUCGAGCUGCUAGACACCUUCGAGGGCGACGAGUACACGCGCGAGGACGUCCCCGCUUACCCGCUCGGCCCUUUCGUCCCGCUCUCCUCGCCCGAGAGCGCCGCGGCCGCCCCGCUCGGCACACCCCCGCCGCUCCCUCCGCUCGACACCCUCGGUCCGCCCGUGCCCGCGCAGACAUAUGUGUGGGCGCAGCCCGUAUCACAACUCUCUCCGACGAUCUGGGAGUACGCCGACUUCGUGCGGGACAGCGCCCACAAAUGGGUCGGCGUGGGCGCGGACGCGAACGCGGACUACGUCGAGGUCGAUCGACGGCGGGCGAUGAACGGGAGAAUUGCGGCAGAUGAGGUGACGAGCAUCGUAGUAGAGAAGGAGUGAAUGGAUAGCACACCGGAGCCGUUCUGUCCUUUCAUUCGUGGGUCGGUGUGGACGUGUGUAAACGAGGUCAAAUCAUUGCCCGAGUCUCGUCGUUCGGACGUACUUAAGGUCCUGCCAAUGACGU